ACAAAACAUUCGGGAAAAAAGCACAAUUUAAACGCAUUUUUCCUGCAAAAUCGGACAAUAUUCCGACCGUAUCUUUGUUAAAAAUUUACUCAACGACUUGACGCAUGUUUCAGUGAUAAAAUUCCCGCAAAAUGACACAGUUUUUACCGCCAAAUCUACUUGCAUUAUUUGCACCGAGAGAUCCAAUUCCGUAUUUGCCGCCGCCCGACAAGCUACCACAUGAGAAAAAAAGUCGCGGAUACCUGGGAGUCGGAGCAUUCCUGGACUUUUUUGAAGAUCCAAAGGACACGCCACCCGCCACGAAGGUCGAAACACGCGAAGAACGCAUCGAAAGACGUCGCAAGGAGCGUGCCGAGCAGGUAGCGUACCGUCUAGAGCGAGAAAUUGCGACGUGGGAUCCCCAAUCUAUCCAAGAUGCCACAGAAGACCCCUUUAAAACGCUCUUUGUGGCACGAAUUAACUACGAUACGAGCGAGAGCAAGUUACGGAGAGAAUUCGAGGUUUAUGGACCGAUUAAAAAGAUCAUCCUCGUUCACAACUCGGAAUCCGGGAAACCUCGCGGAUAUGCCUUUAUUGAGUAUGAACACGAACGGGACAUGCAUUCCGCUUACAAGCACGCGGAUGGUAAGAAAAUUGAUGGUAAGCGGGUGUUGGUAGAUGUCGAACGUGCCAGAACUGUGAAAGGAUGGCUGCCACGACGUCUGGGCGGCGGCUUAGGGGGCACCCGACGUGGCGGCAUCGAGGUCAAUAUUAAACAUUCGGGCCGAGAGGAUAAUGAGAGGGAGCGAGAACGUUACCGACUGGAGCGUGAACGAUCCAAGGAACGACGUGAUUACCGCGAAAAGGAACGAAGAAGGGACUUUGAACCGCGACGCCGUUCUCGUUCGAGGGAAAGGAUACGCGACCGGGAUAUUCGUCGUCGGAGCCUUUCGAAAGAUCGCGAUCGUAAAAAACGCAGAUCACGCGAUAGACGUAGUCGGUCCAGAGAAGAUUACGAUAGAAAACGCGAUAGAAGAUCUCGUUCCAAGGAUCGCAAACGUAAGCGCUCCAAGUCACGUGACCGUUCCGAACGUAAGAAGGAACGUCGCGACAAAGACCGCGAUCGCAAAGAAAAGAAACCAGAAUUCCGUGAGGGUGAAAUUAAAAUUAAGGAGGAGCCGCUCGAUGACUAUCCAGAUUACUCGGCACAAUACAAUUACAAUGCUCAGGUUAAGUAUGAAGACGAAUACGAGGAGAAAUAUCGUCCGAAUGAGCAAAAUAACUACGAGCAGCAUGAAAACGGGCAAGGAUACUCAAAAGAGGAGGGAGAGUAUGACGACUAAUGAGCCUUUUAUCCACAAAAUUUCUGCGCAACUUGACAUUCUCUUUUUUUCUUCACAUUUCUCUGUCCUUCUCCUAUUAGAUUUUAUUUAUUUUACAAUUUAAUAUUUUUUUUUAAAUAAAAGGUAAGCGAUAGUAAGUCGGUUUUGUUAGUGUUUUAAGAAAAAUAAAGUCAAUAUCCUCGUAAAAAU